AAUCGUUGAAAACGAUAAGAAGUAAUUUAAUUUGGGCUUGUUUAAAGUAGAUCCUCAAGUCGCCUGCAGGUGUCGCCAAAAUGACCAAUUAACGAAUUUCUUUAGAAAGCUAUUCAAAAAGUUUGUUUUCAUUUUUGCGUCCUAAAGCCAAAUGUUCUCACGUGUUUUUUUGACGUAUUUAAAAUUAAAGUUCCUUUAAAAACUGAUUAUAUUUUUUUCUAAAAAUAAUUUUUAAAGCGACAUAAUCUGACAUUCAGUUUAGACUCUGGUAAUUUUAGUCAGACACAGAGAGAAAAAAUAGUUUGCUGCCAUUUUAACACUACGAAUAAGGACAGGUUGCAUAACAUGACGACCGCUUACAUAGGCCUACAUCCAAAUAAAGCGUGCGUUACCUGCUGAUAGGUGAUGACCGUCCCUGUCAAAUGCUCGUGGUUUAUUAGAGGAGUCUCGUGCACUUGAUGUGCGCCGCAGGCUGGCUACAGUAACACUCAACAGUGUUUGACUUCAACUUCAACAGACACAAUGGGAUGCGCAUCUAGCUCGACUACAACUCAAGACACAACACAACCCAACACCAAACAAGAUGAAGAGACAGGGAAUGAAAACGGUGGUCCUGCUGUGGACACUGAGACAAAUCCAGAACCCCAGGCUGAGGGAUCUCCACAGACCGCCGAUACAGCCGCUGAUGAGACCAUCACACCUGAUGCUGCUGACCCUGUAGAGGCUGCCAAUGAUCAGCCUGCUGUACCAGAAACUGACCCCUCAACCACAGCUGAAGGUCAGGAAGAACCUGCACCGGCACAAAGUGAAAACACAACUGAGGAGAAGACAGAUUCUUCCACUCCAGAGAACGCACCUGAAAACACAACUGAGGAUUCCUCCCCGCCAGAGGAAGCUCCUGCCUCUACUGAAGAAAAUUAAAUCUGCAUCGAUCGGCACAGCGACUCCUCAAUCAAGACUGAAACACUCAUUUUAGUAAAGUCAGCAUUUUACUUAAGAUGUUAAUUUAGUGUACUUAUUGCUUGCUUGUUGCCAAACUAGA